AUGGUAACAAGUUGGUAUGUUGGGACUAUUUUGAAGGAAGGCACAGCAGGUCUUGUUAAUGGGUUGGAUAUAUGGAGGGAAGGAAUCAAGUUUCUAUCUGAAACCAAGGGGCCUGUGGAAAUGCUGGAGCAGACUAAGGAAGGAAUAGGUAACUUCAGCAGCCCAGAUUCAAUUGAUGGUUGGAGCAAUAAGUCAGUGGUUACUGAAUUUAUUUUGUUGGGCUUGUCUAGCUCUCAAGAACUCCAAGUCUUCCUUUUCUUUGUGUUCUCUGUGUUUUAUGGAGCUGCUGUUUUGGGAAACAUCCUUAUCAUCCUCACAGUAAUUACAGACUCUCACUUGCAUUCCCCGAUGUACUUUCUCCUUAGCAAUCUCUCCUUCAUUGAUGUUUGUCAGGCUACAUUUGCUACUCCCAAGAUGAUUGCAGACUUCCUCAAUGAACACAAGGCCAUCACCUUCCAGGGAUGCAUGUCACAAAUCUUUUUCUUACAUGUCUUUGGGGGUAGUGAGAUGGUGCUUCUUGUUGCCAUGGCCUAUGAUCGAUACAUUGCUAUAUGCAAACCUCUGCAUUAUAUGACCAUCAUGAGUCGCAAGGUGUGCACUGUUCUUGAGGGAGUCUCUUGGGCCAUUGGCACCAUACACUCAGCCAGCCACCUGGCAUUCACAGUCAACCUGCCCUUCUGUGGACCCAACAAGGUAGACAAUUUCUUUUGUGACCUCCCUCUCGUGAUCAAGCUUGCCUGCUUAGACACCUAUAUUUUGGAGAUCCUGGUGCUCACCAACAGUGGUCUGCUAUCACUUAUCUGUUUCCUCCUUUUGCUUAUUUCUUACACUAUCAUCCUUGCCACUGUCCAUCGCCAAGCUUCUGGUGGGACAUCCAAAGCUCUCUCAACCCUGUCUGCCCACAUCGCUGCUGUGGUUCUGUUUUUUGGCCCAUUAAUCUUCAUCUAUAUUUGGCCCUUUGAAAGUUUCCCAAUUGAUAAAUUUAUCUCUGUGCUUUUUACUGUCUUUGCUCCUCUCCUUAACCCCAUCAUUUACACACUGAGGAAUAAAGAUGUGAAGGAAGCCUUAAGGAAGCUAAGGAACAGAGGUCUUUUGAUAACUGUGAGGACGUAACAUGUAACCUUACUUCUUGGCCAUUGUAGUGACUGUGUAUAAUUAUUAUCCUUGCGUUUAUAU